AUGGCGUCAUACAAUUCUCCCACUGAGAAAGUCGACGUGAUGGAGGCAGAGACAGUCAAUGCUUCUGAUCGAAGCGGUAAAGGUGAAUUUUACGACGGCAAAGGCAUCAGAGCUGUUCCAGGCACUACUCUAGAGUCUUUCUCCCAUCUGGACGAGAAGAAGAUUCUUCGCAAGAUGGAUCUUCGGUUGAUCCCUAUGCUCGCACUCCUCUAUCUUCUCUCAUUCCUAGACCGAGGAAACAUUGGCAACGCAAAAAUCGAGGGCCUCCAAGAGGAUCUCAAUUUGUCACCCGACCAAUACAACUGGUGUCUGACUGUCUUCUUCUUCACCUAUGCAGCGUUCGAGGUGCCCUCCAAUCUGCUCCUCAAGAAGCUUCGUCCCAGUGUCUGGCUUCCCACCAUCAUGGUUGCCUGGGGCACAGUGAUGACUCUAAUGGGCAUCGUUCGCAACUAUCACGGUCUUCUCGUCGCCCGCAUUUUCCUGGGUGUCACCGAAGCAGGCCUGUUUCCAGGUGUUGCUUACUAUCUAACCAUGUGGUAUUGCCGUCAUGAGAUCCAAUUCCGACAAGCCCUGUUCUUCUCAGCAGCCUCCAUUGCCGGUGCUUUCAGCGGACUCCUAGCCUUUGCCAUUGCCAAGAUGGAUGGAACCGCUGGACUGGAGGGCUGGCGCUGGAUCUUCAUCCUCGAAGGAAUCGCGACAGUCGUGGCAGCGGUGCUGGCCUUUUUCAUCCUACAAGACUUUCCAGAGACGGCUACAUUCCUCACUGAAGAGGAGAAAGCCUUUGUGGUAUUCCGUCUCAAGUACCAGGCCCAAGCAGGAAAUAUCGACACGGACCAGGUGCAGGUUGCCCAGGCUGAAGACUUCAAAUGGAAGUAUGUCUGGAGUGCUUUUAAAGACUGGCAAAUUUGGGUCAGCAUCAUCAUGUAUUGGGGCGUUGUUUGUCCCUUGUACGGAAUCAGCCUGUUUCUCCCUACCAUCAUCAAGAAUCUCGGAUACACGGCGAACAAGGCCCAGCUCAUGACGGUUCCCAUUUACAUCACGGCUGCUAUUCUCGCCGUCAUCGUGGCAUACGUUUCGGAUCGCGUUGGAAAGCGAAGCCCUUUCAUCAUUAGUCUUUACUGUGUCCUGAUUGUUGGCUUCUCCAUGUGUAUUUCAACCAGCAAUCCCAAGGUAGUCUACGGCGGUGUCUUCAUCACAGCCUGUGCCAUCUAUCCAGCCUUCCCGGGAGUCAUUUCCUGGCUGGCAAACAACUUGUCUGGCAGCUACAAGAGAAGCGCCGGUAUGGCGAUGCAGAUUGGUAUCGGAAACCUUGGCGGAGCCAUGGCAGCCAACUUCUACCGACAAAAAGACGGCCCUCGCUAUAUCCUCGGCCACGCACUGGAGCUUGGCUUCAUCGGCGCUGGAAUCAUUGCUGCCCUCGUUUUGGUCUUUUCAUACAUUCAAAUCAACAGAAAGCGUGAGGCCAAGGUGGCUCAAGGCGAGUUGGAUCAAUAUUCUGCUGAGGAGCUGUCUAGUAAAGGAGACAAGGCAUUGACAUGGAGAUAUAUGUUGUGA